UUUAUUUCCAUUAAUUAAAAUCUAUAAUAAACUUUCUACAUGCAAUGGCUGAAUUGAAGUCGUAGACAUAAGGUUUAGAUAAAUGCAGAUUUUUUACAGUUUUAUUAGGGUAAUUAUCACUAACAACUGAUGACAACUGAGAUCGUUAAACUAAGACAAGAGAUGGGAGUGUCUAGUAAACAAAGAUGUGAUUUUCUCUUCUGACACCAUGGCAGCUGCAUUUGAUGUUCCACUUCCACUGAAGCGCAGCAGUAGUUUCCCAUUUUUACCACCUGACAUGUCUGAGCUGAGGGUGGUGAUUCUGGGGAGCGGCUGGAGUCAGAGGAGCUCUGUGGGAAACCUGUUACUGAAUGAGUCUGUGUUUGAUGCAUCAAAAGAACCUGAAAGACCCAGCAGACAAACAGGAGAACUCCAAGACAAGAAGAUCUCAGUGAUCAACUGUCCAGACCUGCUCCAGCCUGACCUCACUGCAGAUGCACAGUCAGAGUUAGUCAGAGACAUAGCAGACGCCUGUGACCCUGGUCCUCAUGUGUUCCUGCUGGUUCUACAGCCUGAAGACUUCACUGAGCAACACAACAUCAGACUACAGUCAGUCCUGAGGAGCUUCAGUGAGCAGAGCUUCCAACAUUCACUGGUGCUGCUGACAGCAACAAAAAAGACAAGUGUAAUGCAGGAUUAUGUGACUUCUUCCCCUCUGAAAGAUCUGAUUAAAAAGUGCAAAUACAGAUAUCAGUGGGUGAAGAGUCUUGAAUCACAUAUGAUCUCUGAAGUACACAAAGAACUCUUGACUCAAAUAGUUCAAAUACUUGAAGAGAACAAUGAAAAAUAUGGUACCUAUGUUAUAUUUGAGGAUGCUCCUCCAGCCGCUCAUUAUCAGACCAAAGAAAGAGAAGGCCCCAUUUUUAUAAAAGAAUUUACCACACUCGAGAUGUCAUGUUCUGGUACUGGUUCUGACUCCACUCUCAGAAUUGUUCUGUUUGGAAAAAGUGAUGACAAAAAAGAAAAAAUAUUUAAUUUUAUUCACCAGAAGCUCUAUGAUAUCUUUGAAGAAGUUGUGAAGACCCCAAACCUGUUCAGUCUGUCUGUGGAGACAGUACGAGAAGAACUGAAGAAAUGCGUGUCUCAGUGUUCUCCUGGACCCAACGUUCUGCUGCUGCUGGUGAAUCCUUCAGACUUCACUGAGAAAGACAGGAAAACGCUGACCUUCAUCCUGAGUCUGUUUGGUCCAGGUGCCUUUAAACACUCCAUGGUGGUUCUCACACACAAGUUCCAGAAGACCACCAGUGUUUCAAAGCUCAUUAGUGAUUGUGGUGGAAGAUUCUACAACAUGUUUGAUGAAAACUACAAACUCUUGACCGAUUCCCUCAAGAGCCUUGUAGAUCAAAACAAAGCAUCAUUCCUUACCCUCACUGACGAGCAGAAACCCUCUCUGAACCUGGUUCUUUUUGGGAAGACUGGAGCAGAGAAGACUUCAACAGCUGAGUGUAUUUUAGGGCGAGCACAGCUCCCUGCAGCGAGGAGCACAGGGCAGUGUGUUAAACGUGAGGGAGAGGUCUGUGGGCGUCGUGUGUCUCUGGUGGAGCUGCCGGCUCUGUCUGGAAAACCUCUGGAGACAGUGAUGCAGCAGUGCCUCCACUGCAUCUCCCUCUGUGCUCCUGAGGGCGUCCACGUCUUCAUCCUGAUUCUACCGGUGGCUCCUCUCACUGAUGAAGACAAGGCUGAGCUGAAGAUCAUCCAGGACACACUCAGCUCUCGAGUCCGUCCCUUCACUAUGAUUCUGUUCAUUCAUUCAGAGCCCACUGCUCCAGCUGUGCACAAGUUUGUUGAAGGAGACAGAGACAUCCAGGAGCUGUGUCAGAGCUGUGGAGGAGGAUAUUUUAUAUUCAACCUCAGUGACCAACAGCAGGUCCCUCAGCUGCUGGAUUAUUUAUACACAUUAAAGACCAAGAAUAAAAGUUACAGCUACACCACAGAGACACUUGUGCAAGCUCAAAUAGAGAAGAUUUCAGCUCAACACAAACAAAUUGAGGACAUGAAAAGUAACGGGAACAGAUGUGGUGAUAGUCUGAGUCCUGAUUGUCUGAAGAUCGUUCUGAUUGGAAAAACAGGAACCGGAAAGAGUUCCUCAGGAAACACCAUCUUGGGAAGAAAGGAGUUUUCAGCUAUGGCGAAUCAAAAAUCUGUCACUAAAGUUUGUAAAAGGGAAAACAGUACAGUAGACGGACGCUCUGUGGCUGUGGUGGACACUCCAGGACUCUUUGACACAACCAUGUCACAUGAUGAAAUGUUGAGAUGCAUCAGUCUUUUAGCUCCUGGACCACAUGUUUUUCUGUUGGUUUUACAAAUUGGACGACUGACACAAGAAGAGAGAGAGACAGUAAAAUUAAUGAAAUCAGCAUUUGGAAAAGAGGCACUAAAGUUUACUCUUAUUCUUUUUACACAUGGAGAUCAGCCGGUCAAUGAUGAAAUGUCAAUUGAAGAUUACAUAGAAAAGUAUUGUGAAAGUUUCUUUAAGGAACUGAUCUCUGAGUGUGGGAACAGGUACCAUGUGUUUAAUAACAGAGAUAAAGAGAAUCGCACUCAGGUCGUGGAGCUGCUGCAGAAGAUCGAUGAGAUGGUGAAGGAAAACGGUGGAGGCUGUUACACCAACGACAUGCUCAAAGAGGCUGAUGCAGCCAUUAAAAAAGAGAUGAUGAAAAUUAUGAAAGAGAAGGAAGAGGAGAUGAAGAAAGAGAGGGAGGAGAUGGAGAGAAAAUACCAACAGGAAGAAAUAAAACGACAACAACUGGAGAAAAAAUUACAAAAAGAAAUGAGACAAAUUGAAAAUGAAAAAGAGCAGAAAGAAAAAGAACUAAAAGAAAAGGAAAUGAAGAUUAAAGAAGUAGAAAGAGACCAAAAAAGAGAGAGAAGAGGAGGAGAGACAGAGGAAGGAACAAGAGGAAAAACAGCACCUAGAAUGGAAUCGCAAACACAGAGAACUAGAAGAAAAAGUCAAAUCCGCAGAGCAAUCUAAAGAAAUGUUUGAAAAACAACUAGAAGAGAACAGGAGACAGAUGGAACAGGAGAGAGAACAGCGAGAAAGAGAAAGAAAAGAAUGGUGGGAGAAACGAAAACAAGAAGAUGAAGAAAGACGGCAACAAGAGAAAAGAUUACAUAAUGAAAUUAG